GCACUUCCGGUGGUGCUCCUGGCUCCCACCCUCCCAGCAGCGGCUCCGGGCGACCGGCCCCAGCGUUCCCAGAUCACUUCCGGGUGGAGCUCCACGACCGCGAGCCGCGAUUGGGUGACUGUAGACAGGGCAUUUCCGGUGUCCAGGUGCUUGGGUUCUUUGGCCGCAGGAGAAAGAUGGAGUUCCGCGGCGCGUCCCAUGCUUGGUCCCUCUUGUGGCUGCUGCAGCUGCCCUUGCUUGUCCUGGUCGGUGCCAGCGGUCCCCGCACUUUAGUGCUGCUGGACAACCUCAACCUGCGGGAGACGCAUUCGCUUUUCUUCCGGAGCCUGAAGGAUCGGGGCUUUGAGCUCACAUUCAAGACCGCAGAUGACCCCAGCCUGUCCCUUAUAAAGUACGGGGAGUUCCUCUAUGACAAUCUCAUCAUCUUCUCCCCCUCGGUAGAAGAUUUUGGAGGCAACAUCAAUGUGGAGACCAUCAGCACCUUCAUUGAUGGUGGAGGCAGUGUCCUGGUAGCUGCCAGCUCAGACAUUGGUGACCCUCUUCGAGAGCUGGGCAGUGAGUGUGGAAUCGAGUUUGAUGAGGAGAAAACUGCUGUCAUUGACCAUCACAACUAUGACAUCUCAGACCUUGGCCAGCACACGCUCAUCGUGGCUGACACGGAGAAUCUGCUGAAGGCCCCGACCAUCGUUGGGAAAUCAUCUCUGAAUCCCAUUCUUUUUCGAGGUGUUGGGAUGGUGGCUGACCCUGACAACCCCUUGGUACUGGACAUCCUGACGGGCUCUUCCACUUCUUACUCCUUCUUCCCGGAUAAACCCAUUACCCAGUAUCCCCAUGCAGUGGGGAAGAACACCCUCCUGAUCGCUGGGCUGCAGGCCAGGAACAACGCCCGCGUCAUCUUCAGCGGCUCCCUUGACUUCUUCAGUGAUGCCUUUUUCAACUCAGCAGUGCAGAAGGCCACGCCCGGCUCCCAGAGGUAUUCCCAGACAGGCAACUACGAGCUAGCUGUGGCCCUCUCCCGCUGGGUGUUCAAGGAGGAGGGUGUCCUCCGUGUGGGGCCUGUGUCCCACCAUCGGGUGGGCGAGACAGCCCCACCCAAUGCCUACACUGUCACUGACCUAGUGGAGUACAGCAUUGUGAUCGAACAGCUCUCAAAUGGCAAAUGGGUCCCCUUUGAUGGUGAUGACAUCCAGCUGGAGUUUGUCCGCAUCGAUCCUUUUGUUAGGACUUUCUUGAAGAAGAAAGGUGGCAAGUACAGCGUCCAGUUCAAGCUGCCUGACGUGUACGGCGUGUUCCAGUUUAAAGUGGAUUACAACCGGCUGGGCUACACUCACCUAUACUCUUCCACUCAGGUGUCGGUGAGGCCGCUCCAGCACACGCAGUACGAGCGCUUCAUCCCCUCCGCCUAUCCCUACUACGCCAGCGCCUUCUCCAUGAUGGCGGGACUCUUCCUCUUCAGCAUCGUCUUCUUACACAUGAAGGAGAAGGAGAAGUCUGACUGAGGCCUCACAACGAGGAGAUGCAGGGCUUUGAAUAGGACUGGGUGUUUCUCCCUUUAUGGUGGAUUUUUUGUUUGUUUGUUUUUUAAAGCCGUGGGACAGUGGCACAGCCUUACCUCAGUGGGAGAUGCAGCAUUGAGAACCAAGGGGUGGGGUUAGGGGGCGACUCUUAGGUGAAGUUUUUCCACCUACUGCUAAGUGGUGUUUUCCAUAUGUGCAGUCACAGUCAUUUCUAAAAUAAAGAGAAACGCUGCCCUCAAACUUCCUCUGGCCCUGCUGUGCUUCGCUACUGGAGGGGUUGUUGUUCGGAAAUGACUGGAUCCAGAAAUAGUAAGUGGUCUCUUUUAAUUUUGGCGAAGACUGGACUGUAUUUUAACUAUGAAAUGAUAGCAUUUCCAAACUUCUCAAGGGAUCAAAUAAGGUUAUUACUACACUGAGGUUGGUGGGGCAUCACUGAAAUGGGAAAUGCAGGGUAACAGUGCUUGUAUGUAGAAUUAUGGAAUUGCCUGCUUGAAAAGAACCUUAAAUAUGUUCACUUGCUUUAGGUGACGGCUGUGUUCCUAGAGCAUGUGCAGAACUCGGUGUGAAAUCCCUUCCCCACUGCUGGUCUCUGCCCGCAGAAUUUUCUCAUCUUUCUGGUAUACCAAUUAACGCCAAACAGUUCAAGGCACAGACAGAUUCUGCAGUUAUACAUGUGCGUUUAAUGCUUCACAAUUCCUGUAAGAAAUGCGAGUCAGAAGGAAAUCAAGUUUAAAACCCUAAGCUGUUAAUUUCUAUUUCACCAGUCAUUUUAGCUCUACUAGACUCGAUUUAGGAGCUGGAAGAGCGCCGUGGAAAUGCUUUCUCAGAGCUACCCCGGAGCUAUCCCAGCAUGCACAGCUGGAGUUCAGAGGCUCCCUAUUCUCCUGCCUGCGUUUUCAUUCUGAGACCUGAAUAUACUGACCUGUGCAAAUGUUUGCCUUAGCUCAGGUCACAUGCCACUGACAGCCACCACCUGGGCUGGGAUCUUCGCUAUAAAGUGGAGCGCAGGUCCGCCCCUCCUCAGCCCAGCCUCAUCUAACAGACCAGCUCGGCCAUUAACUCUGCGGAGGUCUGUGAAGACAGAACAGGAGCACAAGGUAGGGCUUUCUGGUCAGCAGUUAACACCUGAGGGAUCUUCUCACCUGGUCAAAGAACUCAUUCCUUUGGCUUUGUAGGCAGAGAUCUUACUAUGUUAAUUGUAGCAUACAUACACAGAGGGGUCCCGUGAUUAGCACUUUGUGUGAUCAUCUAGGCCAGGGGCCGGCAAACUUUUGAGAUGGAAGAGCCACCAGGGGUCAGCAAAUUGCGGCUCGUGAGCCUCUGAA